GAUUCGGUGACGUUAUCAAAAAUGGCCGCAACCAUGACAGGAUGCGGUGUUGCGUCAAUAAGGAGUAUAUUUGGACUUGUUCAUCCGAGGUUGGCGACAGUAGCCGUUGGUCCUCAGCAGCUCUGCUGCCUCCACACCAGCACCACCCUAGAAACAAAGAACUGGGAGAAGAGGAACAAGAUUGUUUAUCCGCCUCAGCUGCCCGGCGAGCCUCGCAGACCAGCCGAGAUCCAUCAUUCAAGGAGACAGAUCAAGUACAGUAAAGACAAGAUGUGGUACCUGGCUAAAAUGAUCCGAGGAAUGAGCAUCGACGAGGCCGUGGCGCAGUUGCAGUUCAACGACAAAAAAGGGGCCAAGAUCAUGAGAGAAGUGCUCCUGGAAGCUCAGGAGAUGGCAGUGAAGAAUCACAACGUGGAGUACAAGUCCAACCUGUACGUAGCCGAGUCUCACACGGGCAAAGGCAUGUACCUGAAGCGCAUCCGCUACCACGGCAGAGGCAUGUUUGGCAUCAUGGACAAAGUCUACUGCCACUUCUUUGUCAAACUGGUGGAGGGCCCGCCGCCUAUCACGGAGAAGAAGACCAGCCUGGACCAAGGCCAAUGAGUACGUGCAGCUUCUCAAGAGGAGGACGGUCAUACACAGUCUGUAGACCACCCGUUCAAUAUGUGUGUGUUUUUGGCAAUCAUUUUUGUAAAUAAAUCACUCGAGACAUUCUUAGCGCUUCUCUUUUUGUGUACUGCGAUGUGAACUCCGUUUGUCCCAGGGGAUUUGUUCCCGACACACCCGCAAAAGAUGAAAAUCCAAGUGGUAAGAUUACACAAAAACAGAAAAAGUGGUUAUUUAACAAGGAAAACAACUAUAUGAGUAAAAGAAUAAAGUAGCAAAAUUUCAGGCAGU